AUGGCUUCCUUAACACGAGAUGACUCAGGAGAAAGCAACUCCAGUGACCGGCAUGGUACCCAGGAAAUAGAAAGAGUUGGCAGUUCCGCUGCGUCCUUAAGCACCCUCGUCAACUCUGUACCACCACUAUACAAAUGGGGCGCUGGUCUGGCCCUCAUCGCCGUCGUGCUCGUUGCCAGCCUGGCCAUUUGGGGCCCAGGCAUGGAGUACCCAACUACUAUUUCAACUUCGCAGAUUCCUACUACCGGUGGAGCAACAAUUACCCUUGAAAAAACUAUCAGACAACAAACCGGUGCAUGGAUAGAUUCGGCUGUCGGUUGGGUUACUGUGACGGGAGCUUGGCUUUUUGACAGCAUCUCCACUGCCGUCACCUACGCUCUAAAAUACAUUGAGGACUUUCUGAAGUGGGUCCCUUGGCCAGCACUAGUGCUGGCAAUGACCAUGCUCGCUUUUGCGAUGGGACGUUGGGCCUUGGCCACUUUUACGACCAUUGCCUUGCUCUAUAUUGGUUUUAUGGACCUCUGGCAAAACACAAUUGACACAAUUGCUUUAAUGGUAGUCGCCGUUGCUGUAGCCAUGGCAAUAGGAUUGCCAUUAGGGGUGUGGGGUGCGCGCAGCAGGAUUGCGGACAAUCUCAUGCGUCCCAUUUUAGAUGGUAUGCAGACCAUGCCCAGCUUCGUGUACCUGCUGCCGGGUAUCCUCUUCUUCGGACUGGGCAAACCCGCCGGUAUUUUUGCUACCAUCAUUUAUGCCGUUCCACCGGUUAUCCGAUUGACUAACCUGGGCAUUCGCCAGGUAUCUCCGGAGACGGUUGAAGCUGCCCGUUCUUUUGGCGCAUCGCCAAUGCAGGUGUUGACCAAGGUCCAAAUUCCGAUGGCGCUUCCAACCAUUAUGGCUGGAAUAAACCAGACAACUAUGAUGGCGUUGGCGAUGGUCACUAUUGCCAGCAUGGUAGCUGCCGGUGGACUGGGUGACAACGUGCUGAGGGCACUGCAAAAGAACGAGUCGGGUAACGGUGCUAUUGCGGGGCUAGCCAUCGUUUUCCUGGCCAUCGUCAUUGACCGAAUGACCCAAUCCGCAGCCCGGAGCCGCCAGCAAUCCAUGGGAAUCGGCUGA